GAAAAUACAAGUUCAUUAAAAAGAUGGAGCAGUAACGGUCUGGGUCCAGAAGGUGGCAGCACUGCAGCAGAACCACAGAAGAAGAAGAGGUGAACUGCAUGCUGGGACAGCUGUCAUGGCGGCUGGUCCCAGAGGAAGCCAGCUCGAGCCGCAGGAUGCAGCGGCCGCUGUGCAGCGUGUCUCUGAGUCCCGCCGCGAGGACCAGACUCCUCUCCGCCGGGUUCCAGUUCACCUCCGACCUGCUGCCGCUGAAACCGCUGCAGCUCAGCAAAGAGGCCGGCCUGACCCCGCUGGAGGCGCUGGAGGUGCUGCAGGCCGUGAGGAGGGGAGAAGGAGGAGGAGGAGGAGGUGAUGGAGGAGGAGGAGGCGGGUUAGCCUCCCUAACGGCCCUGGAGCUCCUCCAGAAGGAGGAGGAGCUGAAGAGCAUCGUGACGUUCUCCUCUCAGCUGGACGCGGCGCUCGGAGGAGGAGUCACAGUCGGGAGAACCACGGAGAUCUGUGGAGCGCCAGGAGUCGGAAAAACACAACUUUGCCUGCAGCUGGCGGUGGACGUUCAGGUGCCUCCGUGUUUCGGGGGCGUCGGCGGUCAGGCGGUCUACAUCGAUACCGAGGGCAGCUUCCUGCUCCAGAGAGUCGUCGACAUCGCCGCCGCCGCCGUCCGACACUGCUCCUUAUUGGCCGAAGACGAUGAGCAACGAGUCGCCAUGACGACCUUUACUGUGGAAACCAUCCUGGCCAACAUAUUCCUGGUGCGUUGUCAUGACUACGUGGAGCUGCUCGCAGAGAUCCACCUGCUGCCCGACUUCCUGUCCGAACACCCGAAGGUCCGCCUCCUGGUGAUCGACAGCGUGGCGUUCCCCUUCCGGCUGCACUUUGACGAGCUGUCUCGCAGGACACGCCUCCUCAACGGCCUGGCGCAGCAGCUCAUUGCCAUGGCAACCGGUCACAGCAUCGCCGUGUUGAUGACGAACCAGAUGACCACCCGACUGCUGGGCGGCCGAUCGCAGCAGGUCCCCGCCCUCGGGGAGAGCUGGGGCCACGCCCCCACGAUCAGGAUCCUCCUACAUUGGGCGGGGUCACGGCGGUUGGCAGCCAUCUUUAAAUCCCCAGAACACAUGGGGUCCACCGUCCAAUACCAGAUAACCUCCGAGGGGUUCAGAGAUGUCGACCAAUCGGAGCGGCCGCCGAGCAAACGACCCCGGACAGACGCCGACCAAUCGGCGGAGAGCCGGGGAGACGCCAGCCUCUGAUUGGUCAGAGACCAAAGCACAAGUUACUUUGAUGAACACAUACGUGAAGAAGUGAAUCGACUUGUUCUGUACUACUUGUGAAUGUAAAUAAAGUAAACAAACACAGGAA